CAUGGCGGCGGCGGCGCCAGCGGCCUCCUGCCCUUCUCCAUCAUGGCGGCAUCCGGACCCGCCUCCGCGGGCGCCGGAGUCAUAUGACCCACACAAUGGCUGAGCACCUACUCCAGGCUUCCCGGCAACGCCAAGUGAAAGCCAUGACGGCCGCCGCGGGUUCGGCGGGCCAAGCCGCGGUGCUCCUGCUGCUGUGCGCGCUGCUGGCGCCCGGCGGCGCGUACGUGCUCGACGACUCCGACGGGCUGGGCCGGGAGUUCGACGGCAUCGGAGCUGUCAGCGGCGGCGGGGCAACCUCCCGACUUCUAGUAAAUUACCCAGAGCCCUAUCGUUCUCAAAUACUGGAUUAUCUCUUUAAGCCGAACUUCGGUGCCUCUUUGCAUAUUCUAAAAGUUGAAAUAGGUGGUGAUGGGCAGACAACAGAUGGCACUGAGCCCUCCCACAUGCACUAUGCAUUAGAUGAGAAUUAUUUCCGAGGAUAUGAGUGGUGGUUAAUGAAGGAAGCUAAGAAGCGGAACCCUAAUAUCACACUCAUGGGGCUGCCAUGGUCGUUCCCUGGAUGGCUGGGGAAAGGUUUCAACUGGCCCUAUGUAAAUCUUCAGCUGACUGCCUACUAUGUCGUGAGUUGGAUUGUGGGCGCCAAGCAUUAUCAUGAUCUGGACAUUGAUUAUAUCGGAAUUUGGAAUGAGAGGGCAUUUGACAUCAAUUAUAUCAAGGUGUUAAGAAGAAUGCUGAACUAUCAGGGUCUCCAGCAAGUGAAAAUCAUAGCGAGUGAUAAUCUCUGGGAGCCAAUUUCUGCUUCUGUGCUGCUUGACUCUGAGCUCUUGAAGGUGAUUGAUGUUAUAGGAGCUCAUUACCCUGGGACCCGUACAGUAAAGGAUGCUAGGUUGACUAAGAAGAAACUUUGGUCUUCUGAAGAUUUUAGCACUUUAAAUAGUGAUGUGGGUGCAGGCUGCUGGGGUCGCAUAUUGAAUCAGAAUUAUAUCAAUGGCUACAUGACUGCCACAAUUGCUUGGAAUUUGGUGGCUAGUUACUAUGAACAGUUGCCAUAUGGGCGCUGUGGACUGAUGACUGCUCAGGAGCCAUGGAGCGGGCACUAUGUAGUGGAAGCUCCUAUCUGGAUAUCAGCUCAUACCACUCAGUUUACUCAACCAGGUUGGUAUUACCUGAAGACAGUUGGCCAUUUAGAAAAAGGAGGAAGCUAUGUAGCUCUGACGGAUGGCUUAGGUAACCUCACCAUCAUCGUUGAAACUAUGAGUCAUAAACAUUCCAUGUGUAUACGGCCACUUCUUCCCUAUUUCAAUGUUUCACGACAAUUUGCUACCUUCAUUCUUAAGGGUUCUUUUAGUGAAAUACCAGAGCUGCAGGUGUGGUAUACCAAACUUGGAAAACCAUCAGAGAGAUUUCUUUUCAAACAACUGGAUUCUCUAUGGCUCCUAGACAGCGGUGGCAGCUUCACGCUGGAACUGCAAGAGGACGAGCUGUUCACACUCACCACGCUCACCACCGGAAGCAAAGGCAGUUACCUGCUGCCUCCGAAGUCCCAGCCCUUUCCCUGUGUCUAUAAGGAUGACUUCAAUGUCGAUUACCCAUUUUUUAGUGAAGCUCCGAAUUUUGCUGAUCAGACUGGUGUAUUUGAAUACUUUAUGAAUAUUGAAGACCCUGGAGAGCAUCGCUUCACACUGCGCCAGGUUCUCAAUCAAAGGCCCAUUACUUGGGCUGCUGAUGCAUUCAACACCAUCAGUAUUAUAGGAGAUUACAAAUGGUCCAAUUUGACUAUAAAGUGUGAUGUGUACCUAGAGACCCCUGAGAAGGGAGGUGUGUUCAUUGCUGGAAGAGUGAAUAAAGGUGGUAUUUUGAUUAGAAGUGCCAGGGGAGUUUUCUUCUGGAUUUUUGCAAAUGGAACCUACAGAGUUACAGGUGAUCUAGCUGGAUGGAUCAUAUAUACUUCAGGACAUGCUGACGUUACAGCAAAAAAAUGGUAUACACUCACUUUAACUAUUAAUGUAAGUAUUACUGAUCAGAAUGCCCGAG